GGAGCGAGGAGAGGGACACCCCCCUCACGCGCCCCAAAUUGCCAGGGACGCGUAGGGCCAGACCGAAGGGAAUGGAGGGGCCGAAUUUUAACCAGCGGUACUCGGAAAGGGACCUGGAAGUGAGUGGGAGUGGCCCCUCGGAGGAAGGCGAGGCGAUGUGCUAAGGGGACGGGCCCACUUAAAGGGACGAACGGAGUUUCCCAAAGGCGCGCGUUCUGUGAAGGUUUUAUCCAAGGGGGCGUCGUUAGCGCCAAGAAAGGCUCUAAGGGGGCGAAGCGGGAACAAGGGGGCGAGGUAAAAGCCUGGGAAGCAACAGUUGGAGGCGGGGUCCGAAGGGGGCGGAGUCUUAAGGGCGGGGCCAGGUGAUUGGGCUCGGUUCCCAGCCCGCGCGGCUGGAGGAGGCAGAACCUGGCUAGGACUGGGAGGGAAGGCCCCGGAGCCGCACAGCCUCAGGCUUCCGUCCAGCACCUGCCUCUUGGGAGCUCCGCAGGCCCCGGCCCAGAUGUAGAAGACUGAGGCCUCUUGAAAGUACAGAGUUCAGCCCCAGCACCCACCGCCUCCAAAAGCUCCAUGCAGGUGCCACAGGAUGGAGAGGACUUCGCCAGCCAGCCCUGGUACCAUGGCCCCCUGUCUCGCCAGAAGGCAGAGGCUCUUCUUCAGCAAGAUGGCGACUUCUUGGUUCGUGCGUCUGGGUCUGAUGGGGGCCACCCUGUGAUCUCCUGCCGCUGGCGGGGCUCAGCCUUACACUUCGAGGUGCUCCGUGUGGCCCUGCGUCCCCGGCCAGGCCGGCCCAUAGCCCUCUUUCAGCUAGAGGAUGAGCGUUUCCCAAGCCUGCCUGCCCUGGUUCACAGCUAUGUGACCGGCCAACGUCCACUGACACAAGCCACAGGGGCUGUGGCCUCCAGGCCGGUGACACGGCAAGGGCCUAUUCGACGCAGCUUUAGUGAGGACACCCUCCUAGACAGCCCAGUUCAGACAAAGCUGCUCAGGGCUAGAAAGUGGAGUGACAGUCAGCCUGCAGGUUUGGAGCAUGUGGGGCAGUCAAGAGAAGGCAACUCUGGACCAGGAGCCUCCUCUGUGCCCACGCUUGCCCUGUCUCGGAUUGGUAGUGACCCUGUGUUGCUGAAGACCCUGGGUCCCCUGGCAUCCAUUGCUGACAGCCUCAGAGCCUCUGAUGGGCAGCUUCAUGCCAAGGCGCCAACCAAGCCACCUCGAACACCCUCACUGGUCCUGCCUAAUGCCUCUGGACACUCCCCAACAUACUGUGAGGUGGUACCCCGAGUGCCCAGUGCCUGGGGAACACCCUCUGGCCACAGCUGCCCAGAGCCAGAGGCCCCAUGGUGGGAGGCCGAGGAGGAGGAGGAGGAGAGAUGUUUUGUGAGACCACAGGCAGAGGUCUCUUUCUGCCCCCCUGACAACCCCUGUGGCCUGCUGGGACCCCAGAAUCGGCCCCUGGAACCCAAAGUCCUGCGUGCUCUCCGUGGCCUGUUCCUGGAGCACCACCCUGGGAGCACUGCCCUCCACCUGCUAUUGGCAGACUGUCAGGCAGUGGGCUUACUGGGAGUGACCAAGGCUCAGCGGGGUGCCAUGGGGGUUGCCUCUGGCCUGGAGCUGCUCACACUUCCCCAUGGCCAUCGCUUGAGGUCAGAACUGCUGGAGAGGCACGAGGCGCUGGUGCUGGCUGGGGCGCUGGCGGUGCUGGGCUGCACGGGGUCGCUGGAGGAGCGCGCGGCCGCCCUGAGGGGCUUGGUGGAGCUGGCACUGGCGCUGCGGCCAGGGGCGGCGGGAGACCUGCCCGGACUGGCCGCAGUCAUGGGCGCUCUGCUCAUGCCCCAGGUGUCCCGGCUGGAACGCACGUGGCGCCAGCUCCGAAGGAGCCACACUGAGGCCGCGCUGGCCUUCGAGCAGGAGCUGAAGCCGCUGAUGCAAGCGCUGGAUGAGGGCGCUGGACCCUCCGACCCCGGCUUGGUGGCGCUGCCUCACGUGGUACCGACGGCCCGUCUACUGGAGGGCGAAGAACUCCCGGGCCCCCUGGACGAGACCUGCGAGCAGCUGCUUCGCACCCUGCAGGGGGCGCGUCUGAUGGCCCGGGAUGCGCUCAAAUUCCGUGAGGCGGCGGCCGGGCGCCUGCGAGGAUUUCGGCCGAACCGGGAGCUGAGGGAGGCCCUGACCACUGGCUUCGUGCGGAGGCUGCUCUGGGGAAGCCGGGGCGAGAGGUCACCGCGGGCUGCACGGCUCGAGAAGUUCCAGCGCGUCCUCAAUGCCCUGUCGCAGCGCCUGGAGCCUGACAGCUGAGAGCGCAGACCCUGGGACAAACAGGCUUCUGGGGACCCCAGCAGGAGACCAAGGAAGUCAUCCCAGAUUGCUCACACAGUCAAACAGGGCGGGGACCCGCUCCCUGACUCGCAGAAGGGAGGGAGGCCAGCUUUGCAAGAACCCACCCUGCCCCCUGAAAACACAGGGAUCUUGGAGUGAGGGGCAGCCUCCUCCCCUACACUAAAAGACCCAGGUGUCUGCAGGCCCUGGCUGCCCUCUCCCACCCCCCACCCCUACACAUAUCCCAUAAAUGGUGAACAGGUAGCUUCUAAUGGUAAGAGAACUUGCAGAUCUGUAAGAGGCCAGAGUUCAAAUGCCUUUGAAAAACUGUGACUUCUAGCAAAUCACUUGCCCUUUUUGUGCCUACCUUCAACAUAAAAGUAAGACUGUACUUUCUAGGGGUUAUUGUGGGAAUUAAAGCUCAAUGUUUAAACGAGAUCAUGAAUGGAGAAUACCUGGCAUACGGUAGUUGCUCAAUAAACGCUUCCUGUUCUCAUUAAGCCACCAUGAACACGGAAGGGAUGAUGUUUGGUGCCAUUCUCCCUACACUGAUCACAGACAAGGACCCAACUCUUAGGGAGGGACAGGGUGUG